CGGCCGCGCGGGCCGCAACAGGCGGCGGCUGGCGAGCGAGCGCGAGGACCGCGCGCCGGAGGCCCCGCGCGUGCGUGCAGACUCGCUGGCGGCUCGCGCUCGGCCGGGCCGGCUGAGAAGACGCUCCGGGUCCUGGUCUCCGCCGCCGCGGGGGAAGCCGGGGAGUAGUGCAGCGUCGCUUCUGUCCGAGUGAGCUCGGCGACCCUCCGACCCUUGGCUGGGCCAUGGCGGAACGCGGAGGGACGGGCGGUGGUCCCGGAGGCGCCGGGGGCAGCAGCGGCCAACGGGGAUCCGGGGUCGCCCAGUCCCCGCAGCAGCCGCCUCCGUCUCAGCAGCAGACGCCGCAGCAGCCGACGCCCCCCAAGCUGGCCCAGGCCACCUCGUUGUCCUCAACCGCGGCGGCGGUUGUUUCCUCUUCGUCCUCGUCCACCUCCACCUCCAUGGCCGUCGCGGUGGCCUCGGGCACCGUUCCUCCCGGCGGCCCGGGGCCAGGCCGCACCCCCGCCCCGGUGCAGAUGAACCUUUACGCUACCUGGGAAGUGGACCGGAGCUCGUCCAGCUGCGUCCCCAGGCUGUUCAGCUUGACCCUGAAGAAGCUCAUUAUGCUAAAAGAAAUGGACAAAGAUCUUAACUCCGUGGUCAUUGCUGUGAAGCUGCAGGGGUCAAAAAGAAUUCUUCGUUCCAAUGAGAUCAUCCUUCCAGCUAGUGGCCUGGUAGAAACAGAGCUCCAGUUAACUUUUUCCCUUCAGUACCCUCAUUUCCUUAAGCGAGAUGCCAACAAGCUGCAGAUCAUGUUGCAAAGGAGAAAGCGAUACAAGAACCGGACCAUCUUGGGCUAUAAGACCCUGGCUGUGGGACUUAUCAACAUGGCAGAGGUGAUGCAGCACCCUAAUGAGGGUGCUCUGGUGCUUGGCCUGCACAGCAAUGUGAAGGAUGUGUCUGUGCCUGUGGCAGAAAUAAAGAUCUACUCCCUGUCCAGCCAGCCCAUUGACCAUGAAGGAAUCAAGUCUAAGCUGUCCGAUCGCUCUCCUGAUAUUGACAACUAUUCUGAGGAAGAGGAGGAGAGCUUUUCAUCAGAGCAAGAAGGCAGCGACGAUCCAUUGCACGGGCAGGACCUGUUCUAUGAAGAUGAGGAUUUACGGAAAGUAAAGAAGACCCGGAGGAAACUCACCUCAACCUCAGCCAUCACAAGGCAACCUAACAUCAAACAGAAGUUUGUGGCCCUCCUGAAGCGGUUCAAAGUUUCUGAUGAGGUUGGUUUCGGCUUAGAGCAUGUGUCCCGGGAACAGAUUCGAGAGGUGGAAGAAGACCUGGAUGAACUGUACGACAGUCUGGAGAUGUACAACCCCAGUGACAGCGGCCCUGAAAUGGAGGAGACAGAGAGCAUCCUGAGCACCCCAAAGCCUAAGCUCAAGCCCUUCUUUGAGGGGAUGUCACAAUCCAGCUCACAGACGGAGAUUGGCAGCCUCAACAGCAAGGGCAGCCUUGGAAAGGACACCACCAGCCCUGGUUUUCUGGAUGCUCCUACCAGGCAAAAAGCAUUUGGUUACCAUGGAUGUCUUCAGUCUCAAAAUCAAAGACCUGAAUUUGGACAACCAAAGGAGGCACCCAUAUGUCCGUUUCAGAUGGAAUUGGCUGCACUAGAAAAAGUCAAAUCUACUUGGAUUAAAAACCAAGAUGACAGUUUGACUGAAACAGAAACUCUGGAAAUCACUGACCAGGAUACGUUUGGAGAUUUGAGUACAAGUCUGGUUGUGCCUGAAAAAGUCAAAACUCCCAUGAAGACCAGCAAAACAGAUCUGCAGGGCUCUGCCUCCCCCAGCAAAGUGGAAGGGACUCACACACCCCGGCAGAAGAGGAGCACACCCCUGAAGGAGCGGCAGCUCUCCAAGCCCCUGAGUGAGAGGACCAACAGCUCCGACAGUGAGCGCUCACCUGACCUGGGCCACAGUACACAGAUUCCAAGAAAGGUGGUAUAUGACCAACUGAAUCAGAUCCUGGUGUCUGAUGCAGCCCUCCCAGAAAAUGUCAUCCUGGUGAACACCACUGACUGGCAGGGCCAGUAUGUGGCAGAACUGCUCCAGGACCAGCGGAAGCCUGUUGUAUGCACCUGUUCCACUGUGGAGGUCCAGGCCGUGCUGUCUGCUCUGCUCACCCGGAUUCAGCGCUACUGCAACUGCAACUCCUCUAUGCCAAGACCAGUCAAAGUGGCAGCUGUGGGAGGCCAGAGUUACCUGAGUUCCAUCCUCCGGUUCUUUGUCAAGUCCUUGGCCAACAAGACCUCUGAUUGGCUGGGCUACAUGCGCUUCCUCAUCAUUCCCCUUGGUUCUCACCCUGUGGCCAAAUACUUGGGCUCACUUGACAGUAGAUACAGCAGCACCUUCCUUGAUUCUGGCUGGAGAGACCUGUUCAGUCGCUCGGAGCCCCCAGUGUCAGAGCAACUGGACGUGGUGGGCCGUGUGAUGCAGUAUGUCGGUGGGGCGGCUGUAACACACCAGCUGCCUGUGGCUGAAGCCAUGUUGACCUGCCGGCAUAAGUUCCCUGAUGAAGACUCCUAUCAGAAGUUCAUUCCCUUCAUUGGCGUGGUGAAGGUAGGCCUGGUUGAAGACUCACCCUCCACUACAGGCGACGGGGACGAUUCACCUGUGGUCAGCCUUACCGUGCCCUCUACAUCACCACCCUCCAGCUCUGGCCUAAGCCGAGAUGCCACAGCCACCCCUCCCUCCUCCCCGUCCAUGAGCAGUACCCUUGCCGUCAUGGGGAGCCCCAAUAGUCCAUAUGGGGACGUGAUUGGCCUCCAGGUGGACUACUGGCUAGGCCACCCUGGGGAGCGGAGGAGGGAAGGCGACAAGAGGGAUGCCAGCUCCAAAAACACCCUCAAGAGCGUCUUCCGCUCAGUGCAGGUUUCUCGCCUGCCGCAUGGUGGGGAAGCCCAGCUUUCUGGCACCAUGGCAAUGACUGUGGUCACCAAAGAGAAGAACAAGAAAGUUCCCACCAUCUUCCUGAGCAAGAAACCCCGGGAAAAGGAAGUGGAUUCUAAGAGCCAGGUCAUCGAGGGCAUCAGCCGCCUCAUCUGCUCCGCCAAGCAGCAGCAGACCAUGUUGAGAGUGUCCAUCGAUGGUGUCGAGUGGAGUGACAUCAAAUUCUUCCAGCUGGCAGCCCAGUGGCCCACGCAUGUCAAGCACUUUCCAGUGGGACUCUUCAGUGGCAGCAAGACCACCUGAGGCCCUGCCUCCCAGCCACUCUCCCUCCUGGCACUGCCACCCAGCCUCACUGCCUGCGGGCAGGGGGAGGCCAGCAGGCCCGGCCCAGCACCCCUUUCUGGCACUGGAGCCUGCCUCUCACAUGCCUAGUCCUGAAGGACACUGCCACUGGGGACGCUACCCUCCCCACCCCACUGCCUAGUCCUACUGUCCUUCCUCCCUCCCUCUCCUUCAUUCUCCUCCCUCCUGCUCCAGGCCCAGAGCAGGUUGGUUCUGCCUUCUGGUGCCCAUAAUCCUUGGAAUUGAGUCCUCCGGGACUUCCUUCAUCUAGCUCUCCACCUCUUUCCCCUUGUGGUACCAGUUCUUUUUCUAGAAAGAGGAAACCAGGAAUUUUAGUCCACAGAGGGAGUCCCCAGCCCUCCCCAGCCCCACCCUGACCACCAGACUCAUUUUCUAAGGCCCUGCUGCCACAUGCCACUCACCCUGUCCAUAGUCGAUAGAGGCAGGCCCUCUUCUCACACCUGGGGUGGUCUCUGCCUGCUCUACAGCUUCCCAGUGGAGGUUAAGGGGGCAACCAAGUGACAAAGUAUGUUUUUGGAAUGAUGGGGCCUUCCCAUUCUUCCCCUUGCAUGACUUCCUGCCAUCCCAGGUCCCUGUAGAUGUCGUGAGUCCUGAGUGUUUCUUUGGUUCUUUGCAUGGUCACUCCCUUGGUUGUUCGUGUGACUCACCCUGUGCACAGGUCCUGUCCUUCCUCCCCUACUGGUGAUGUUCCUCUUUCUGCCUCCCAGCCUCUCAUCCAGCACAGCUCUACCUAGCCUAGAGAGGUGGGAGGCAGAUCCCCAGCACAUGUCUGUGACCCCAGGCCACCAGCCAUGAGUCUCCCUUCCUGUGUUCUUUGUCUCCCCUUUUCUGCUGCUCCCUAACUGCCCACAGCUCUCUGUGGAUGGAUCUCAGCCCCUCUCCACCCUCCCGGUCAGCGUCAGUAUCCUCAAAAGGGGCUGAGGACUUGAGGACGGUGCAGAGCUGGCCCACUUCCAUACAGGCUGGCAUCUCCAGAGCUUCUCCAUCACCCUCUCAGUGCUCUCCAAGAGCUGUGGCACAGAACUUCAGUUUGAAAGUAUUCUUCCCAUUCUUCAUGCCUUCCAAGACCUUCCAGCCCUUCCCCUCAGCUGGCCCUGCUGUCCAGGGCAUCUCCUGGUCCUGCGAGUGGAGGGGGGUGGGAGGGAGGAUGAGUGUGUUGAAUUUUUCAUUCAAUAAACUGGUGAUUUCUUACCAA